CUUUAUUUUUUAUUUUUUUAUAUAAUCUUCAAAAUAAAAACACCAAAACCGUAACCACAACCAACAACCUCAAAAUCAUCACAUAAAAAAGGUUAGACAUGUCAACUUCAUAUAUGUGCCAUUGAAUAAGGUUAUACCUUGUUUGUUUCAUCGAUCAAUUAAUCAAUAAACAAAAACAAGGCAAAGCCACUUUGUGUCCUACUUGCGCUCGUUGACCCUUUUCUUUUUCUCUUUCAGAAUCCCUCUCUUUCCUCUUCGGAUAUUUCUAUAUAACCCUUGCACAAAAUAUCCAAUUCAACGAUCUCAGAAAAUUGCUUCAUUUUCAGUACCCCAAUUGGAAAAAGAAUUGAACUUUGGAUCCAUAUUUCCGAUUUCAGAAGACUUGGAUGGAGAAUGAUGCACGGUCACCGCAGGGUCCGAUUACAUGCGGUUCGUGGAUUCGGAGACCCGAAAAUGUUAAUCUAGUUGUUCUAGGAAGGUCUAAGCGUGGAAAUUCUUGUCCUUCUCUGCUUCAGAUUUUCUCAUUCGACCCCAAAACCAUUUCUUUGUCUUCAACCCCUUUGGCCAAUUUUGUAUUAGAAGCAGAGGAAGGUGAUCCUGUUGCUAUUGCUGUGCACCCUAGUGGGGAUGAUUUUAUGUGCUCUUUGAGCAAUGGUAGCUGCAAAUUGUUUGAGUUGUAUGGUCAUGAAGCAAACAUGAAGCUGUUGGCCAAGGAAUUGGCCCCUCUACAGGGUAUUGGUUCCCAGACAUGUAUUACUUUUAGUGUUGAUGGAUCUAAAUUUGCCGCUGGUGGGUUGGAUGGACAUCUCAGAAUUAUGGAGUGGCCUAGCAUGCGUGCAAUUUUGGAUGAACCAAGAGCGCACAAAUCUGUCAGAGAUAUGGAUUUUAGUCUAGACUCGGAAUUUCUAGCUUCAACUUCUACUGAUGGUUCAGCAAGAAUCUGGAAAAUUGAGGAUGGUGUUCCUUUGACUACUUUGUCUCGCCACUCGGAUGAAAAAAUUGAAUUAUGUCGAUUUUCCAAGGACGGAACCAAACCAUUUUUAUUCUGCACCAUUCAAAAAGGAGAUAAGUCUCUCACUGCAGUUUAUGACAUGAGCUCAUGGAACAAAAUUGGACAUAAGAGGCUGCUUAGAAAGUCUGCUUCGGUAAUGUCCAUUAGCCACGAUGGGAAAUACCUUUCUCUGGGUAGUAAAGAUGGAGACAUAUGCGUAGUUGAAGUAAAAAAGAUGCAGAUACACCAUUAUAGCAAGAGAUUACACCUCGGUACGACUAUUGCAACGCUGGAGUUCUGUCCUAGUGAAAGGGUUGUACUUACAACCUCAGUAGAAUGGGGAGCAUUGGUCACUAAACUGAAUGUACCUAAAGAUUGGAAAGAGUGGCAGAUAUACUUGGUGCUUUUAGGACUAUUUUUAGUGUCAGCGGUGUUGUUUUACAUAUUCUUUGAGAACUCUGAUUCAUUCUGGGGAUUUCCUGUGGCAAAAGACCAACCAGCAAGACCAAGAUUUAAACCAAUGAUAAAAGACCCUCAAUCUUAUGAUGAUCAAAAUAUUUGGGGACCGGUAGACAUGUGACCGCAUCGACAUUCUUCAAUAUUGCUCGAUUUGAAAGCAGUUUCGGUUGCUGUAAGUGGUAUUAUAUCACAUUCAUCUCAGGAGAGUAGAUUUAGGCACUUGAAUGCUAUUACAAGGAUUUACUUUUCUUUUUAUUGAAAAUUUUAAACCCAGAGGCUGUUUUUUAUAUUGUAAUUUAAUUUUCUUUUUAAACUUUAGGGAUAAUCAAAUUGCUUAUUGAGUUUCGCAAGUUGCCCUUGAGGCUGUGAUGUUAUCAGGGAUGGAUCUAUGGCUAGAGACAUUUGGAGCAAUUUUUCCACUAGGAUUUCAAUAUUUCAAAAUAUUAUACAUGAUUGGAUAAGUUUUUAGUCCAUAUA